AUGUGCUAUGCAAAGAGGCCAGGAUCUCUGUUAUGUGAUUGGACGUCGGCAGUGUCUGUCAUGUCCGACAGCGCCGCGCUGUAGAGGCUCAUAGGAAGCGCACAUGCAGUGGUGCUGGAAGUUUACUGCAAAGUUGACAGGUUGUUUAUAUGCACACGUGAUCUGUAAUGUCUACUCUUUGUUUUUGUUGCGUUUUUAUAUGCAAGUGGUCCGUUUCUGCAUAAUAAUUUAUUUUGGCUUUGAGGAAAACUAACGCAGGCUGUAAAACAGGUGAAUGUGGGUGAAUUCAUGUAGCUAAUUACCGGGUAAUUACCGGGUAACAUCACCUUGUCCGGUAAGGACGUCAUGCUGCUUUCCCUACUCGCCUCCUUCUACCUGCUCCACAGCCUAACGCAGGUCGGCGGCUCCGCGCUGGAGCUUGUGGAUGCGCCGCUACGGAGGAAGCGCGCUCUGCACAGAUGGACCGGUGUUACACCUGGAGCGCGCGGUUUAACGUUGGCGUCCGGGAAGCUCGGAGACGGGACCAAGCGGCUUCCGCAGGCCAUCAUCGUGGGGGUGAAGAAGGGCGGCACGCGCGCGCUGCUCGAGUUUCUCCGCGUGCACCCGGACGUGAGGGCGGCGGGAGCCGAGCCGCACUUUUUCGAUCGUUUCUAUGACAACGGAUUGGAGUGGUACAGAGACCUGAUGCCCAAAACCCUGGAGGGUCAGAUCACCAUGGAGAAGACGCCCAGCUACUUUGUGACUCGUGAAGCUCCAGCUCGGAUCUACUCCAUGUCACCUUCAACCAAACUCAUAGUGGUGGUGAGGGAUCCGGUCACCCGGGCCAUCUCAGACUACACCCAGACACUGUCUAAAAAGCCAGACAUUCCCACCUUUGAAAGCCUGACUUUCAAAAACAGGACUACAGGCCUAAUCGACACCUCGUGGAGCGCCAUCCAGAUUGGUAUCUACGCCAAGCACCUUGACAACUGGCUCCAGUUCUUCCCCAUGAAUCAGAUCCUGUUUGUGAGUGGCGAGCGGCUGAUCAGUGACCCAGCUGGAGAGCUCGGCCGUGUGCAGGACUUCCUGGGCCUGAAGAGGAUCAUCACAGACAAACACUUCUAUUUCAAUAAGACCAAGGGCUUUCCAUGUCUGAAGAAGGCAGAAGGAAGCAGCAAGCCUCACUGCCUGGGCAAAACUAAAGGCCGAACACACCCCAACAUCGAUCCGGAGGUGGUGCAGAGGUUACGAGACUUUUACCGGCCCUUUAAUAUGAAGUUCUACCAGAUGACUGGAAGGAUAUUUGGCUGGAAUGACUGACUUUGUGAAGUGUGAGGAAAAGACACUGAUUGCUUACAGUUUCCACUCAGUACAAGAAAUACAUCAAUAUAGAAAUAGAGUUUAGUUGACCCUUAUGUUCGGUUGUAGAUUAAAGAGUGGCACCAUGGUGAUCCAGCUCAUUAACACAGAGCAUUUAACCAAUAAAACCCCGUUGCCUCUUAAACACUUGCCUUAGUGUACCCACUAUUGUUUGGAUGAAAAUCACUUUAAAAACUAUUUUAUGUUUCGUCCAGCUUCGAGAUGAGGGUAAGAGGGCGAAGUAAAAGUAUUCAACAUGUCUGUGUUUUAUCAUUUUAGUCAAUUUCAUAUUUAUUUCCUGUCUUGUUAUUUUUCUUUUUGUGGACUCUUGGAAAAAUUGAUCUCUUAGAGGUUCUUUGGAUAGUUUGGAGAAUCCUUAGGUUCCAACGGAGCACCAACUUCUUUAAAGGGAUCGUACACUGUAGGAACAAGAGACAUUUAAGGCUGCUAUAUGGAAAAGCUUUAAAUCUUGUUUAUGUGUUUGGAAUAAUAUAAUGUUGUAUUAUAGAGUCAUUGAGAUUAAAGGUGGGGUCUCUGAAGUUUGAAAGCCAAUAUUGAUAUUUGAAAUCACCAAAACAAACACGCCCCUAACCCAAAUGGGUCCCACCCCUGUAUUGAUAGCUCCGCCCACACAUACAUAUGUAACCCAGGCAACUAACAGAAAGAAAUGUGUCUUUAUCAUAGCUGAAGGGAAGAACAAUACGAUUGCAGAUAAACAAACAAGCAAAAAUGAAAAGGAAUGUAUGAAUGUAAAGGACAUGAAUGUAAAGGACAAAGGCAUAUAUUAGUUCUGUGUAACAAAGCAAAACCAACGUUACUCACCUAUCGAGAAGGAAAAAAGCAACCUCGGCGUCUUAAGUAAAGUCGGCCACAUAUUCACUGGUUGUA